AGGGUAGACGUGCGUGUGCCGGCAACGCAGCUCUCCUGCCUGCCUGCGCUUGUAGGGCUACGAGUGACUGGUGGCUCCUCUCCCCGCAGCCCCAUCAGAGGCGGCGCGGACUGUGCGCGGGCUCCGCUGCCCUCCGCUCGCGACGGCCGCGCUCCUGCGGGCGAGCGGCGGCGUGUGCGUGCCCGCGCGGUGCUCUGCCCGUCCCGCUCCCCGGCCGGGGGUGCGCGGGGGCGCCUCCCGGCGGCCCCCCCCCUCUGCUGGUUGCCAUGGUGCCGCGGCCCGGCGUGCUGUGGGCAGUGGCGGCGGCGACGCUGGCGCUGCUGGUCCGGCGGGCGGCGGCGGCGCUGGCGGGGCCGGUGGUCCGCUGCGAGCCCUGCGACGCGCGGGCGCUGCAGCAAUGCAAGCCCCUGCAGCCCGACUGCGCCGAGCGGGUGCGGGAGCCGGGCUGUGGCUGCUGCCUCACCUGCGCCUUGCGCCCGGGACAGCCCUGCGGCAUUUACACCGAGCGCUGCGGCGCCGGCCUCAGCUGCCAGCCGCGGCGGGAGGAGACUCGGCCACUGCAGGCGCUGCUGGAGGGCCGCGGGCUCUGCACCAACAUCACGGCGGGCAGCAAGCUGCGGGCCUUCCUCCUGCCGGGACCGCACGCUGCAGGAAAUUCCAGUGAUUCAGAAGAAGAUGACCGGAGUACCAGCAGCCUAGAAAAUCAGGCCGUCCCAAACUCUCAUAGGGUGCCAGAUUCCAAAUCUCAUCCUCCACACAUCAAAAUAGAUAUCAUCAGGAAAGUGCAAGCCAAAAAUACGCAGCGCUAUAAAGUGGAAUAUGAUUCACAGAGUACAGAUACACUUAAUUUCUCUUCUGAAUCCAAACAAGAGACUGAAUACGGUCCCUGUCGUAGAGAAAUGGAAGACACUUUAAACCACCUAAAAAUCCUGAAUGUCUUGAGUCCCAGGGGUUUUCAUAUUCCAAAUUGUGACAAGAAGGGGUUCUACAAGAAAAAGCAAUGUCGCCCAUCCAAAGGCCGAAGGAGAGGUUACUGCUGGUGCGUGGAUAAAUACGGACAGCCGCUUCCUGGGUACGAUGGGAAUGGAAAAGGAGAUGUUCACUGCUAUAACUUGGAAAGCAAAUGAGGGCUGGAUGCCAGCUCUUCUGGCAUCUGUGCGUGGCCGUUGGACUUCGCAGAGACCUUGGAGGGGCUGGGCACACACUGUUGACUGAGUUGCACGUGGAGUGAUGAGCUCUGCCUCCUGCAGAGAAUGGGGAGUCGCAGUCCCUGUGGAUGCUGCGGCAGCUGCACCCUGCCACCAACACACGUCAGGCUUCCUGUGGGACGUGUAGGGAGCUCUGAAUUCCCAUAUAAACCUGCACUAUUGAUACCCAGAGAGAGAGAAAAACAAAAGGCACUUCAGAAUAGAAUCAGGGAGUCUCCACUGGCUUUUUAAAGUAUGGCCUGUGACCAAUUUGAUCCCGAAAGAUACUUUUUUAAAAGAAUUUAUAGAUUGUAAGCUUGUAAAAGUAUUAAAGCAAAACCAAAUCAAACAAACAACAAACAAAAAACUCAACAGUAACUGAAAAAAGCAAGGAUUUAAAGGUUAAACUUUUUGUACAGGUCUGACGGGAAACUUAUCUUCACGGGUAAAAAGUUUUAUAAAAAUCUCAAAUUUUUUAAGAAAUGUACUUCUAAAAGAAAGACAUGGCUAUUUUUUCUGUAAAAGUUAGUAUGAAUAUUCUGUUAGUCUGUAUUUAAUAUAAUUUUUGUAAAAAUAAACUUUAUUUAAAUGUAACAUGAAUACCAAAUACUACACAAUAAUUCUAGUGUAUACUUCUGUAUACAAAGAGAAAGUAAGGGUAUGGAAUGAUUUACAAAUACGUAUAGAUCCAUAUGCAUACACAUGGACUUACUCCAGAUAAUAGAAUUCGUGGAGUGAAACCAAUGUUUCCAGAAGAGAUAUGGUUUUGUUAUUAGAAGUAGCUACAAAUACCAAGAUUUUUUUUAAAUGAUAUUAUUUUAUUGGUAUUUCUAGUGUACCUGUCACUGAAUUAUGCCACUGGAAAGGAUAACAGUUGCACUGAAGCUCUUGGUAAAGCAUUCUUUAGUCUGUCCUUUGCUUCAGUUUGUGCAACAGGGCUUACAUUUCCUCCAUUUCCUGCUCAAUAUAGAAUAUUCAUGGCCAAAACAUUGCUAUUACAGUAGCACCCUUUCUAUUUGCUUAUUUAUUUUGAAAAGCUGUAUCUAUUCUGUGUUGUCUUGGUACACUCAGCUAAAGCACAUACUCUGCCUGAGGAACUCCUGUUCAAAACAAUACUGACAAGAUGGGGGGAUUGUGGACUUGGGUGUUGAGACCCACGUGCUUCAUUUAUGCUACACAGAAUUGCUGCUUGCUUUCACUUUGGUAGAAAUGAUUUGCCUGCAUCUAAGUAUAUAAUAAGAACCAUUGUGUUUAAAUAUUUAAACCAACUGUCUGCCAUGAUGUUAUAUGUUCUUUUAAUCAGAAGAGAAGUGAUUUGAUUUUGUUCUGGUAUGUGAUGCUUUCAGAUGAGGAAGACUUUGGCAACAUUUUUUUUUGAGGCUGAUUGUUUACUGAACUUCAUGACAAAUUCUGUGUGACAAUGAAAUCUGGAUAAGGAAAAGUGGCCUGUGAAAUGUAACAUCUCUUUGGAAAGUUAUGCCA